ACGCUGCGCAACAUGUAACACGCAAGAAUCGUUGGAGUAGGACGUACCUGGGACUCAGAAUCACCCCCUUUUUCCCAUCGAAGACUUCUUCAAAUUAUAAUUUCAAGUGGUCAGAUUGAUGCCCAGAGGAGUCGUGCAACCUAUGAAGUUAAAAUUGCCAAGCUGCAGAGGGAGAAACAGCUGAAGAUUGCAGAAGAGAGGAAGAUGAAGGUGGAGAAAGCUAAGGUCAUUGAGGCCAAGGUCAACAUGUGGAUUGAGGAAAGAACGACUAAGGAGCAGAAAUCGAGAAAAGCCAAAGAAACAACUUGAAGCAGAAGAGAAGAGGAGAGUCCAGGAGAAAGCAAAGGAGAACUAUGGAGAAUGGAGGAGCAAGAAGAAGGCUGCAAAAGAGAUGAAGGAGAAAAAGGAGAAGGAAGAACAAAGAGCUGAAGCAGAAGCCAAGAGGAGGAGGAAAGAAGAGGCAGAAGAUGCACACCUGAACUUGAAGUGGAAAGAAGAGGCCAAGACGAGACCAUUUCCCUAGCUACUCAAUUUGGCUAUCCUCAGGGCUCUGUCAAAGGCCAAGCUGCAGAGGGAGAAGAAGAUGAAGGUGGAGAAAGCUAAGGUCAUUGAGGUCAAGGUCAACAUGUGGAUUGAGGAAAGAACGACUAAGGAGCAGAAAUCGAGAAAAGCCAAAGAAACAACUUGAAGCAGAAGAGAAGAGGAGAGUCCAGGAGAAAGCAAAGGAGAACUAUGGAGAAUGGAGGAGCAAAAAGAAGGCUGCAAAAGAGAUGAAGGAGAAGAAGGAGAAGGAAGAACAAAGAGCUGAAGCAGAAGCCGAGAGGAGGGAAGAAGAGGCAGAAGAUGCAUACCUGAACUUAAAGUGGAAAGAAGAGGCCAAGACGAGACCAUUUCCCCUAGCUACUCAAUGUGGCUUUCCUCAGGGCUCUGUCAAAGGCCAAGCUGCAGAGGGAGAAGAAGAUGAAGGUGGAGAAAGCUAAGGUCAUUGAGGUCAAGGUCAACAUGUGGAUUGAGGAAAGAACGACUAAGGAGCAGAAAUCGAGAAAAGCCAAAGAAACAACUUGAAGCAGAAGAGAAGAGGAGAGUCCAGGAGAAAGCAAAGGAGAACUAUGGAGAAUGGAGGAGCAAAAAGAAGGCUGCAAAAGAGAUGAAGGAGAAGAAGGAGAAGGAAGAACAAAGAGCUGAAGCAGAAGCCGAGAGGAGGGAAGAAGAGGCAGAAGAUGCAUACCUGAACUUAAAGUGGAAAGAAGAGGCCAAGACGAGACCAUUUCCCCUAGCUACUCAAUGUGGCUUUCCUCAGGGCUCUGUCAAAGGAGAACUAUGGAGAAUGGAGGAGCAAAAGAAGGCUGCAAAAGAGAUGAAGGAGAAGAAGGAGAAGGAAGAACAAAGAGCUGAAGCAGAAGCCGAGAGGAGGGAAGAAGAGGCAGAAGAUGCAUACCUGAACUUAAAGUGGAAAGAAGAGGCCAAGACGAGACCAUUUCCCCUAGCUACUCAAUGUGGCUAUCCUCAGGGCUCUGUCAAAGGCCAGCUGCAGAGGGAGAAACAGCUGAAGAUUGCAGAAGAGAGGAAGAUGAAGGUGGAGAAAGCUAAGGUCAUUGAGGUCAAGGUCAACAUGUGGAUUGAGGAAAGAACGACUUAGGAGCAGAAAUCGAGAAAAGCCAAAGAAACAACUUGAAGCAGAAGAGAAGAGGAGAGUCCAGGAGAAAGCAAAGGAGAACUAUGGAGAAUGGAGGAGCAAGAAGAAGGCUGCAAAAGA